UGCACCUGAAAGCUGAACAUGGCCAUCCAUGUGGAAGGACUGCUGGCGAUCGCGCUCUUUUAUCUGCUCAUCUUAUUUGUUGGAAUUUGGGCGGCUUGGAAAAACAAAAACGCUGGGGUUGGAGACAGUACAGUCCAGAGUCAGUCUAUAAUGGUGGGAGGACGGGACAUUGGACUCUUUGUCGGUGGAUUUACUAUGACCGCCACGUGGGUUGGUGGUGGAUAUAUCAAUGGAACAGCAGAGCAUGUGUAUUUGCCUGGCUAUGGACUGGCAUGGGCACAGGCACCCUUUGGUUAUGCACUUAGCUUGGUAGUAGGUGGUCUAUUCUUUGCCAAGCCAAUGCGGUCCAGGGGAUAUGUAACCAUGCUCGAUCCCUUUCAGCAGCUUUAUGGGAAGAGAAUGGGUGGCCUUCUCUUUAUACCAGCCUUGAUGGGAGAAAUCUUCUGGUCAGCAGCCAUUUUGUCAGCACUGGGUGCCACCUUAAGUGUCAUAGUGGAUAUCAACAUCAACAUGUCUGUUAUAUUAUCAGCACUGAUUGCCAUCUUCUACACACUGGUGGGCGGGCUAUACUCAGUGGCGUACACGGAUGUGGUUCAACUUUUCUGCAUUUUUAUAGGCUUGUGGAUCAGUGUACCUUUUGCUUUAGCUAACCCUGCAGUGUCAGACAUCAGUGUGACAGCAGUGAAAAAAGUAUUUCAGACCCCGUGGCUGGGCAAAAUUCAUUCUUCAGAUGGUUGGAUGUGGGCAGAUAACUUUUGCCUUCUGAUGUUGGGGGGGAUUCCCUGGCAGGUCUAUUUUCAACGUGUUCUUUCUGCUUCUUCAGCUACUUACGCCCAAGUCCUCUCGUUCCUGGCUGCCUUCGGCUGCCUCAUUAUGGCGCUCCCUUCCAUUCUAAUUGGAGCCAUAGGGGCAUCUACAGACUGGAACCAGACAUCAUAUGGCUCUGUGCCACCGACAGACAAAGAUGAAUCAGACAUGAUUCUGCCUAUUGUGCUUCAACAUCUUUGCCCACCUUUCAUCUCGUUCUUCGGCUUGGGGGCCGUUUCAGCCGCUGUGAUGUCAUCAGCAGAUUCGUCCAUUCUUUCAGCAAGUUCAAUGUUUGCGCGCAACGUCUACCAGCUUGCUUUCCGUCAGUCGGCAUCUGACCAAGAAAUUGUCUGGGUGAUGCGAAUCACAAUCUUCGUGUUUGGUGCUUUGGCCACAGCCAUGGCUCUCCUGACUGGAACGGUUUACGGCCUGUGGUACUUGAGCUCGGAUCUUGUCUAUAUUAUCAUCUUUCCUCAGCUAAUUAGCGUGCUCUUCGUUAAGGGAACCAAUACUUAUGGUUCAGUAGCUGGCUACAUCUUUGGCUUGUUUCUGAGAAUCGGUGGUGGAGAACCCUACCUCAAGCUUCCGCCUUUCAUCUACUACCCAGGUUGGUAUGAAGAAGAGAAAGUGCACCAUCUGACCAAAGAGGUGGAGCAUGUUGUGGUGCAGAAGUUCCCUUUCAAGACUGUAGCCAUGCUAGCUUCACUUUUGGGCAAUGCCGUCUUCUCAUACACAGCAAAGUAUCUCUUUGAGAGCGGCACACUCUCUCCCAGGUAUGACUUUUUGAAUGCUGUGGUUGCCAAGCACAGCAAAGAAAUCAUGGACAAGACAAUUCUUGUAAGCAAUGACAACAUCAUCCUGUCAGAAAUGGCUCCAGUUAAACCAAGGACUGCAUCCUCCUUGGCAGGAACAUUCAUGAACCCAGAGGUGCUUAUCGAUGAAAGAGAAAUCAAUGCAGAACUGAAUAGUGAAUGUGAAUAGGGAGUUUCUGUCACUUAUGUGUGACUGAGUGGAACAUCUGUUAAGAUUACUAAAACUUCAUGCCGGUUUAAUGAAUAUUUUUUGGUAUGUUGUUAAGUUGCUACUCCAGAAAGUAAUACUUAAAAUGAAAAUCUGAUCUGUUGAAGUUAAAUGUCUAACAGAGCAGCCUUGCAACACUUUAUAGAAAGGGUGAGUCAACUAAGUGCAAUAUAAAAUGAGGGUAAUUAUGAAACAUAAUUUAUCAUUCUUUUUUCUCAUGCUAGUCAGAGCUAUAAUAUUUUGAUAUAAUUAGUAACUGUUUAUAGUGUUUUACAAAGUUUUUAAGGAGUAGAAUACAUUUUUCAGUUCAGAAAUCUCAAACUCAUUCUUUUAAACAGUUAGAGUUAGUACACUAGCUAAGCAUAGAAACACAGUUGCCAAUAAACAACCUCGGCUUAAAUGUAAGGCAAAAGCACAGGCCAUAUCAUCAUUUUGGAUACUCUCCUUAUUAAUGUGUACAGGCAUGGCUGAAGGCAGGUGAUAAAUCCUCAACAGCUAAAAUAGGCGUUUGCUGAGCUUUUCAGUAAUUUCCAUAUUUAGCUAGUUUUCUAAACUUCUGUCAAGUUUGUUUAGAAUUGGCAGGAGUAUGACAAAUCAUGGUUCACAAGCUAUUUUUUGGAGACUUUAAGACAGAAACAGAUUGAAUGAAACUCUUUUUUGUCACAUGUCCAUGAUAUAAAUGUAAUGUAAUGUAACAUUAGUAUCAGUGAAAGCAGUAGAGCUUUGUGCUCCACUCAUAGAUCAAUAAAACCCUCAAACUCCAGCCAGUGGCUUGUUAUUGCUUGUUAGAGCUUAUAUAUAAAGCUCUGUAUCAAUCCAUAGAGUUUUUUUUUUUCAGUAGAGUUAUAUAGGUUUUGGGUCUAAAAUUCUCCAGUGUGGCUGUUGAUAUGUAACUGAUUUCAACCUGUAAAAGAAACUGAUGAUGAAUGAAAUAGAUUUUAAUAGAGAAGUUGAUUUAGUGUGUGUAGGUUCUCUCUGUAAUCUGUUGCUUGUGUGUAAUAUUGUGAAGACAGUAUUUCUGUAGUGAGAGCAACA